AUGAGCUUCUUUACUGACAGUUUUUCCCUUUAUCGAAAGAAUGUAAAAUUGGCCGAUGAAAAAGACAAGGCGAAUGCGUCCUUUGAAAUCGACGGAGGUAACCUUUUCCUAGCCAGUAACGAAGAGCUGGAUUGGGAUUUUUAUAGCAGAAUCGAAGAGCUACACACUCUUGGUGCAGUUGCUUUCCACUUAGCGAAUUCACUUGUCUUUGAUAUUGGUUCAACAUCGAAACCACGACUGUCUACUCAAUAUGUUGAUGCUUCAGCAUGGGGCGAACUUGUUACAGUGUCUUCUGUUGUAGAAGGAAACGGUAGGAAAUAUGGAGUGCUUGGAAUUGAUCUUACCUUUUUGACACCAAUGACCAAAUUGAACAAUCCGCUAUUUGAAAAUAUCUUUGGAGGCGCAUUCAAAUCAGAAGUCUUUUUCCUUGACCAGCUGGGACAAGUUAUUUAUCAUCCUAGAAUUGGAGGCCCGGAAUUUCCUAGAACUUGGAAUCGAGAAAAAGUUUCUUAUAAAGAAAUCCAUUCAAAGUUUUACAGCGAUUUAUAUGAAACAGAAUUUAUUGACGACAUCGAAGAGAUUCUUCUGAACUUUGAAAAUAAGCCUGAAAAGACUGUGAGGAGAAAAGAAAGCUAUGAAAUUCAUGUGCUCCUAGACAAAUCACCUGGACUCAUUAUGAUUGUUCAGUUUCUAAACGACGAGAAAGAAGAGAUUCGAAAUCUUACCGCUGACAUCGAAGAUGGAUUCAUAGGGGUUGAGACGGUCAAGAAACCGACUGAUUGUACAAUAUUCCUUGGCUACGCUGUAUGCUACGAAAAUGUCGAUUUCCCAAUUAUUCUUCUCGAUGCCGUGAACGAAACAAUCAGAUUUGGUAGUAAUCCGGACUUCUCUCAAAAUAGGAAUUCUGCAGACAGCGGCAAUUUCAAUAUUUUAAGUGGCGGGAAAGAUGCAUACAAUAAAAAUUUGAAAACGCCUAGUUUUGCUAUCGAAGAUUCAAGAGAACUUCUUCUGCAGCCAACAAGGCUCACGAAGAAUGCAAAGCGAGAUCUGUCAAUAUUCAAGGACCUUCCUAGUAUAAUGAAAACAAAGUUUGGUAAUUAUUCUGAGAAAGAAAAUAUCCUCCGUAUCUUCGCGUCGACGGCCACUGGUCUUUUCUAUUCAUACCCUCACUGGAACAUCAACCCUGAUUACUAUGCUGGUGGCGAGGAUUGGGUGAAGAAUGCGACACUUGAUUCUGUAUUUACAGAAGAACUCUUCAAUCGCUCCGUAAGAAGAAUGUCUCGAGCGUUUUCUGGCAAAGAUUCGAAAGGCGUCCGAAUCGUUAUUGGGAUAGACGUGGUUCUUUCAAUCGAGAAUAUUUAUAAAUUGUCUGAAUCUGAAUAUGCUUCAACGACAUAUUUGAACAGCACCCAACAGCUUUGCUUGGGACAAACUUGCGACUGUCUAAAUUACCAAAACCUUGAAUUGCCACCUUUUAUAACAAAAUGUGGCAAAAUUCAAGAUCAAAAUGAAUGCGAGAAAAAUAUCUUUUGCGAUUUUGCAGGAAAAUGUCAAAUAAAGAAGAGAUUUGUUAAAAAUCGUGAUUUCUUCAAUUCCCGAUGUGAAACGAGUUCAUAUGGAACCUGGAUGGCUGGUCUUAUUCCUUUGGCGAUUUCAAUUCUUCUUAUUUGUUCAGCGAGUUUUCUGAUAACCCGACAUCAUAAAAAUGAGCGGAUAAAGAUGAAGCAAAUGAAGGACUUGCCUAUUCCUGAGAAACAACCUUUCACUGAGAGAAUCAGCAAAUUAUUUCAAAUAAAGUGA